AUGUUAAGUCAACUGCGCCCCCUGCUGGCCGUCUGCUUGUACCUGCAGCUGCCCGGUGGUCAGGGCUGGUUCCCCGGGUACAGCAAUGGCUUUCACUACCAGGACAUCACCAAUGGGAACGGCAAUGGAGAGAUCUACUUCAAUGGGGUGCGUCUCCAUGUUGAAUCCCCGGAGCAUUCAGUCUCAGCCACCAGGGGAGGCAGUGUCAUCCUGCCCUGUCACUACCACUAUGAGCCUGAGCUGUCCACACCACGCAAGACCCGGGUCAAAUGGUCCUGGUUGCCUGCCAACCCCAUCAGUGCACCUGCUUCCUUCGAAGCCUUCGCCAAGGAAACUGAUGUGAUGGUUGCUAUGGGCAACCGGCACCGCAGCUAUGGCAGCUUCAAGGGCCGUGUCCGCCUGCGCCGCGCAGCACCGGGGGACAUGUCUCUGGAGAUCAAUGAGCUGCAUCUCAACGACACGGGCAGAUACCGCUGUGAGGUGAUCGACGGCCUGGAGGACGAGAGUGUGACAGUGGAGCUGGAGCUGCGGGGUGUGGUGUUUCCUUACUACUCUCAGAGAGGACGUUACCAUUACAACUUCCUGGGGGCCCAACAAGCAUGUAAGGACCAGGAAGCCACUCUAGCUACGUUUGAGCAGCUCUACGCAGCGUGGGAGGAGGGGCUGGACUGGUGUAACGCUGGCUGGUUGGCUGAUGGCACAGUGCAGUAUCCAAUCACAGUCCCACGUGAUGGAUGUGGGGGUGUGGACUUAGCUCCUGGUUUGCGUAGCUACGGACAACGACACCGCCUCCUUCAGCGCUACGAUGUUUUCUGCUUUGCCGCUUCUCUUAAGGGGGACGUCUACUUCCUAAAGUAUCCAACCAGGCUCAACUUCACAGAAGCAGUCGAGGCUUGUGCCAGUAACGGCAGUCAAAUUGCCAAAGUGGGCCAGCUGUAUGCCGCCUGGAGGCUGAUGGGGUUGGACCGAUGUGACGCCGGUUGGUUGGCUGAUGGGAGCGUCCGUUAUCCCAUCACAAAGGCGCGGCCUAACUGCGGCCCACUAGAGCCAGGGGUGCGUAGUUUCGGGUUUCCCCCUCUGCACCAGAAAUUUGGCGUCUACUGCUAUCGGUAGACGCUCCGACCCAACACAAGAUAUAAACAAA